AUGGAUAUGAUUGGCCGCCCAAGCGACAGACAAGUCUCCUACGUAGGAGCCACGGGGUUCAUCGGAUUUAAAGUCCUUCUGGAUGCACUCGAAUCAGGCUACAACGUCCGGGUAGCCGUUCGUUCAUCUACAGGAUCAGAAGCACUCCUGUCGAACCCGAAGAUCAGGUCACUUGUAUCGGGAAAUAACAUAUCUUUCGUCGCCGUUCCCGAUAUUACCCAGGAAGGGGCCUACGAUGAAGCCCUCAAGGGCGUUGUUUAUGCUAUCCAUGUUGCAUCCCCAGUUCCAAAACCUUUCUUCAAAGAUCCACAAGCAGAUAUUAUCCAGCCCACUAUCAAAGGCGCAGCCAGCCUCCUCGCGUCAGCACUCAAAGUCCCGUCCCUAAAGCGCAUCGUUAUUACAUCUUCAAUCGUAGCCAACAUGAAUUUCCCCCCAGUUCCAACAGCAGACGAGACUACUGCUGAAUCCCGGGUACCCAAUUAUGAAGGCCCCAUAGAUGCCGUAUUCCCAGCGUAUUGUGACUCCAAAAUUGCUACUCUCAAUGCCACCGACAAGUUUGUCAAGGAACAAAAUCCGUCUUUUGAUGUCAUCAACAUCUUCCCAGGAUUCGUGCACGGUCGAAAUGAAUUAGCAACUGAUGUUGCAAGACUACGCGCUGGAUCAGCUGGGUUACUUCUCGCAAUUAUUCUUGGGCAGAUUUUCGAGGUUCCCCGGAUUGCUGUAACAGCCCAUGUGGAUGAUGUUGCAAAGGUUUAUUUGCUAGCACUAAGCGAGAGCGUUCAGGGAGGCCAGGGUUUUGGAAUCUCAGUACCCGCCGUCUUUGAUGAUGCCUUCGACUUCGUCAAAAAAGCUUCUCCAAAAGCAGUUGACAACGGUGUUUUCAAAAAGGGCAGUCAACCCGGUGUGGACAUUGCUUGGAAUGCAAGCAAGACCGAAAGCGCGUUUGGCUUCAAGUUUCAGAGUUACAAAACGCAAGUCUUAGAUGUUGCGGGUCAGUAUUUGGAGUUUUUGGGCGAGGAAAAAGCGUGA